CGUCUUGAGACGUUACACGCUUCCCAAUAUAAUUGUUUCAAAGACUAUAAAUAAACGCACACUUAUGAGCGGUAAAUACAUGUCGAACAGAACACUGAAAAUACACAUUUUCCCGUAUUUGUUGCAAACGUCAGCUUAAGAUCUUCCUGACAAAUGUACACGAGCAUCAGCCUCGUCGCAUUCGAUGACGUCACAACAAAAUGACAACUACUGAUGACGUAUUAGUUGACGCAAUUCAUUGGUGAAGACUUAACUUAACACAAUAACUAUUUCAAAGAGUGGAGAUGACGCAAACAACGACAGGUGGUGAAAAAGUAAGAGAAGCGCAACAAAACUUGAAGGAAAAAGCCUGUCGGUGUUAUUUUAAGUUAAUGUUAAUGUAAUUGCAUUUUUAUAUAAUGAUCCUCCAAAAAAAAUGAAUGCAAAACAAACCCAACUCGAAGUGAGGAAUUUGACCGAGUAUGAGCUUCAGCAGCUAUAUAAGGCCUUGUUGAUUGCUUCAUGCCGGUUAGAUCCCAGGGACCCUAUACAGUUCCUGAAAAACACACUGGUCGCCUUUCAGGGACAUGACAACUUGCAGAAUGUGGACUGGGACAAGUUUCUCAGCGAUGACGAGAACCAGUCUGUGUUGGCCGGUCUGCAAUUGGAUGAAACAGAUUAUAUGGAUUCCCAAGACCUCAUGGCUUUGUUUUAUAGGUACGAGAAGGCCUACUCCUAUUACAGGAGGAAAUUAACAAGUGCUGCUUUCAGGAGCUGGAAGAAUUACACCAUGGUCAGCAUGACAGAUGCGUCCGAGUUAGCUCACAAGAUGGACGUUGCAGCGAGACACUACGACAGAUCAAAAGAGGUGGCGGUUUUCUCCGGGUGGAUACACUGGGUCAAGUUCAAGGAGGAGACACGGGCUGUUGCAGUCAAAAAGCUGACACGUGUUUUUGAAGCAUGCAUACUUAAACGUAUCGUGGGCGCAUGGAGAAGUAUCGUAAGGGACUCAAGGAGGACCAAAGAUUACUUUAAGAAACUGCAGACAGAUUCAGAGCUGGGGCGCCAUCAAAGCAUCAUUGGAGAAGGAUGUGAUUGGCUCUCUGCACUGCCCACAAGCAUCUCACUCAAGAUCUUCCAGUAUCUGGAAGUAAGAGACUUGCUGAGCUGUGCUGAAGUAUGCUGCAGUUGGAGGGGUCUUAUCUACUCAAGCUGUCUUUGGAGUAAGGUCAACUUGUCAAUGUUCAAAGACUGGAUAACGGACAGCAUCAUGAGUGAGGUCAUGCAGAAUUUCCGUCCAUUUGUUAUCCAUCUCAACCUGCGUGGCUGCAACUCCUUAGAAUGGUCCAGUUUGCGAAAUAUCAGCGAAUGCAGAAAUCUCCAAGAGCUCAACGUGUCAGAGUGUUUUAAUAUCACUGAUGACAUGAUUCAGUCAAUAGUGGAAGGCUGCAACUACCUGCUCUACUUGAACAUUUCCAGCACUCUUGUGACAGACCUGAGCCUCAAGGAACUCUCCAGAAACUGCAUCAACCUUCAGUAUCUGAGUGUGGCCUACUGCCACAAGCUGACAGAUGAAGGUUUCCAGUACCUGAGCGAAGGAAACGGUUGUCACAGUCUUAUCCACUUGGACCUGUCCGGCUGCACCCAGGUGACAGUGACGGGCUUCAACUACAUUUCAGACGCAUGCCCCUUCCUCAAAGAGAUUGUGAUGAACGACUUGCACUCGCUGUCAGAUAACUGCAUCUCGGCCCUGGUGUCCAAAUGCCACAGUCUGUCCUCUGUCUCUCUGCUGGAGGCGUAUAACCUUACCGACACUGGCAUCAAAACCAUCGCUGAAGUAGCCAAACUGAAGUCAUUCAUCAUUGAAGGGAAUAAGCAUGCGAGCCACGUGAGCUGGAAGGCGUUGUGCUCUAGCUCGCGAGGCCUCCGAAGCCUUCACGUGGUCGAUUGCCACAAGAUGACGGACGUGGGCCUCAAGUGUGUGGCCUCUCUCCGAAACCUGCAGUCCCUGGACAUCUCACUCUGUACCAAAGUGACCGAUAGAGGGAUUUGUCACCUGGCCGACAGCUCCUCAGCAUCCAAAUUGCGAGAUCUGAGUCUCAGCCAGUGUUGUCUUAUCACGGAUUCAGCGGUCAACAUGAUUGGAUACAGAUUUUCUAAGCUGUGCCAUCUCAAUUUGAGCUACUGCGAGCAGCUGACUGACGCUGCUCUGGAGUCUCUGAGUUGCAGCUACAUCAGCUCCCUGGACAUCAGCGGCUGCAACAUUCAAGAUGAGGGUUUGGCUGCUCUUGAGGAGGUUCCCUUGAAAAAGUUGAUAAUCGCUGAAUGUAUCAACAUCACAGAUGUUGGUAUUGAGAAUUUAUGCAAGUAUGUGACAGAGCUGGAAUAUGUCGACGUGUCCGGCUGUUUGGAUCUGUCUGACCAGGCCAUCAGAGCCUUCUCAUUUUACUGCAGGGGUCUAUUCACACUCAGGAUGGGAGGCUGUCCAAAGAUGACCGACAUGGCAGUUCAGUGCCUUUCAAGCGGUACCCAGUACCUGCGAUCGCUCGACGUGAGCGGCUGUGUCUUCACUGAUCGUGCCAUCAAAUACAUAGAGAGGCUCUGCCCACCUCUCUCGUCGAUCAUCAUGAACGACUGCAAUGGCAUCUCAGAGGCAGCCGCCAUGAGGUUGCAGCCAUAUGUGCAGCAUUGGGAGUACAGCAAUAACGAGACCAACCUAUGGCUUCGAUGAAAAGGUGCAGAAGAACAAGAUGUAAAAUAAUUUUAGACAGUGAUAAGAGUGCCUGACAAUCACACAAUCCUAAUCAUGGAUUAAUACUUUCAGAGAUGGCCACUAUGAUCUUGCUUGAUUUUGAUUAAUAGAUGUAUUUUUUAGGAAAUAAAUGCAAUAUUAAUAUUAAGUAUCACUGGUCAGUGAAAACACAAAUGUAAGUAUUUAUUGUUUAUUUUUAAAAGGUUAUGGUUGAAGGGAGUGAAUUUGGAUCAGAAUUCAUUACUGUUUGUGCUGACUGAAAGCAUAUUUUUCCAUCUGAAAAGUCAAUCCCAUUGUAUAUAUGGCAAAUGUGCAACGGUGACUAUGCAACAUAUUUUUUUCGUUUGUCAAAAAUAAUCUCUCAUUAUUGUAAUUAAUGCCUGAAAACUAUAUACAGUAUGAUUCCAUUAAAUGUAACUAACACACAGAUCUAAGUAU